AUGAACGGUUAUGGGUCUCCGUACCUCUACAUGGGGGCUCCGGUGUCACAGCCUCGGGCCCCCCUCCAGAGGACCCCCAAGUGCGCGCGCUGCCGGAACCACGGCGUGCUGUCUUGGCUCAAGGGUCACAAGCGCUACUGCCGGUUCAAAGACUGCACCUGCGAGAAGUGCAUCCUCAUCAUCGAGCGGCAGCGCGUCAUGGCGGCGCAGGUGGCGCUCCGGAGGCAGCAGGCAAACGAGAGCCUGGAGAGCCUCAUCCCAGAGUCCCUCAGAGUGCUGCCCGGCAUCGGCUUAGCCGGGGCCGGCGAGGGGAAUCAGCCAGCCCCGCCGAGGACCGAGGAGCUGGAACUGAGGUGGAGCAGCACGGAGCCGGGGCAGCCCGGAGCACCUCAGGAAACAGAUGAAGAGAUGAGCUACGAGGUUUCAGCAGGGGAGAACGGAGAGAGCUCCAGCGAGAAGGAGCAGGACGCGGUCAGCUCACCGGAGGCCUCCAAACCGAACUGCUACACCCCCGAGCCUCCGGGGACCCCCUCCCUGCCAGAGGAGAGCCGCUACGGCCUCCCUAAAGCCGGGAGCGCCGAGAAGGAGGCCAAAGCCGAGAGUCCGCAGAAGUAUCCGGCCAGCCCCGCGGAGCAGGGCGUGCUAAUCGAGGGCCUCGGCGGCUCAAUCACGCUGCCCCUCAGCCUCCGGGCCAACCGGCCCCCGCUCGAGGUGCUCAAGAAGAUCUUCCCCGCCCACAAGCCUGCGGUCCUGGAGCUCAUCCUGCGGGGCUGUGGGGGCGACCUGGUGGGGGCCAUCGAGGUGCUGCUGUCUAGUCGGAAUCCUGACGCCAGCGCGCCACCGCACGCGGACGCGCACGCGGACGCGCUGGUGCUGCCCUCCAACGGACACCUGUUCGAGCCCGGCCUGGGCUCCUACCACCCGGCGUCCUCCUCCGCCAAGUGGUCCGUGGGCUCCGCCUUCCGGGUCCCGGACUCGCUGCGCUUCACAACCGACUCCGCCGCGGGGGUGGUGUCCACGGGCGCGCUGGGGGUCCCCAUGCAGCACCCAUCCUUCCCGCAGCCCACGCGCUACCCGCUUAUGCUGCGCAGCUCUCUGACGCGCAGCCACGCGGGCCCCUUCGUGCACAACGACGUGACUCUGUGGAACUCCGUGGCCCUGCAGCAGCAGUACCAGCUGCGCUCCGCGGCGCAGUACGUGUCCCCGUUCCCCCCUGGCGCCCCCGGCGGGCCCGGGCUGUUCCGAGGCUCAACCCUCCUCCCCUCCAGGCCCUCCGAGGAGCCGCGCGUGGGCAUCCAGGAGGAGGGGUGCCCGCUGGGGCCCAAGCCGGGCCUUUACUCCCCGGAUGAGGAGUACGAUGAGCGUUCAGAUUCCGCAGACUCCCGCAUCCUGAACUCCUCCAGCUGA